AUGGAUAUUCAACGUUGCAUGAACUUGACCGGCCAGACCCCCGGGUACAAUGACAUUCCCAAGAAUAUAACCGUCGGUCUUGCCCCAAACUUUCUAGAGUUCAACGAAGCGAUGCAGAAAUGCUGCUCCCCCAAUCAGAUCCAGACUUCGGAAAAUACAUGUGCUGUUUGGUGCGAACUCUCGAGGGAUUUCAUGAAGGAGGCCAAAAAGACUUCGGACAACGCGACGCACCAUCUAUGGAAGUGUUUAGCGGGGCAGCUUAAUUUGGAGGGAGAGAUUGAUGAUGUCUUCGUAAUUGAGCAAGAGUCAAUCUCUAUGCUCUCUUCUAAGCCGCCAAGUCUGGUAAUGAUGGGAAUAACGAUGCUGCUAUUCUUUGGGGGGUUUAGUGGCCUGAUGUGA